UAUAGAACUCUAGUAUAUAGCUCUAGUAUAGAACUCUAGUAUAGAACUCUAGUAUAGAACUGUAGUUCUACAUCUCUAACUGGGCCUGUAACUAUUAGAACUAUAGAAGUCUGUCUGAACUGAACCUGGACGAUCCGGAUCAGGACAGAGACCAGUAGGACCAGAACAGGGACCAGGACAGGGACCAGGACCCGGACAGGAGGAUGUCCCGGUUGGAGGAGCGCGAGGAGGACUGUGUGUGUUCUGUCGGGAUGAAAUUCACCUGGGACAUCAACGACCCCAAACUGCCUCAGGACACGAAGCAGUUCGACCCGUUCCAGGAGUGGACAGACGGUUACGUUCGGUUCAUCUACAGCGCUGAAGAUAAGAACGCUCAGAGGCAUCUCUCCGGCUGGGCGAUGAGGAACACCAACAACCACAACUGUCAGAUCCUGAAGAAGUCGUGUUUGGGCGUGGUGGUGUGUUCCCGAGGCUGCACGCUGCCUGACGGCUCCCGGCUGCAGCUCCGCCCCGCCAUCUGCGACAAAGCCCGGCAGAAACAGCAAAAGAAGCUGUGUCCGACCUGCAGCGCCACUCUGGAGCUGCUGCCGUGUCGCGGCCACAGCGGUUACCCCGUCACCAACUUCUGGAGAGUCGAUGGGAAGGCCAUCUUCUUCCAGGCUAAAGGGGUCCAUGAUCAUCCCAGACCAGAGUCCAAGUCUGAGACUGAAGCCAGAAGAAGUUCCGUGAAGAGACGAGUCAGCUCGCCGCCGUUCACACCGAAGAGACGACUCAUCGAGACGCAGGCUCUAGGUCCCGCCCUCCUCUCCUGCAUGGACCCAUCGGACAGAAUCUCCUUCAUCGAGCCGAACUUCCCGCAGCAUUACCCAGCAUUCCAGAGCCCCGAGCCCUACUACAACCCCCACAAUGCACUAGGAGAGGCCCCGCCCACACUACAGAAACCAGCCAAUCCCAGGCUCUACAUGGGCCGGCCCGGCUACGAGUUCCAAGGAUACCUGACCUCGCCUUCGUAUCCCAUGGCGUCUGACCUCUGUGACCCCAGGGUGGCUCCGGUCCUGGGUUCCUCCUCUUCCUCCACGUCUUCAUCGGCUCCUCUCUCCUCCCCCUGCUCCUCCUUCGACCCCCAGACUAAGUCUCCUGCAGGCUGGAAGGAGCUGCUGAAGAACUCCGCCCCCUACGGUGACAACCACCACUACUACAGCGCAGAGUACCCCUGCCGUUACCCCAGCAACGCCCCGGUGUCCCCCGCCGCACUGCAGACCAUCAUCACCACGACAACCAAGGUCUCCUAUCAGCCCUGUCCGAAGCCUCCGGCGGCGCUCCCGUCCUACCAGGCAUGUCCUAAACCGCCCGCCGGCCUCCCGUCCUACCAGACCUGUGCUCCCCCGAAACCUCCAGGCCUCCCCGGCUGCUCCUCUCUGAUGGACGACACCUCCUCCUCCUCGUACUCCACCGAGGUGAAGGUGAUGGAGGAGUCGGGUGGCGUCAUCAAGUCACUGUCGUUUCAGCCCGAACCGCUGCAGACCAAAACAGAGCGGGCCGACGGCUACGACUACCGCUACGCCUACCCAAGCACGUACCGCUACGACGACUACUGAGGCAGCUCUACCUCCACUGCCGUCACCAUGACUACUGUUACCACCACUACGCCUACCCCAGCACGUACCGCUGCGACGACUACUGAGGCAGCCCUACCUCCACCGCCGUUACCAUGACUACUGUUACCACCGCUCCGCCUACCCCAGCACGUACCGCUGCGACGACUACUGAGGCAGCCCUACCUCCACCGCCGUUACCAUGACUACUGUUACCACCGCUACGCCUACCCCAGCACGUACCGCUGCGACGACUACUGAGGCAGCCCUACCUCCACCGCCGUUACCAUGACUACUGUUACCACCGCUACGCCUACCCCAGCACGUACCGCUGCGACGACUACUGAGGCAGCCCUACCUCCACUGCCGUUACCAUGACUACUGUUACCACCACUACGCCUACCCCAGCACGUACCGCUACGACGACUACUGAGGCAGCCCUACCUCCACCGCCGUUACCAUGACUACUGUUACCACCACUACGCCUACCCCAGCACGUACCGUUGCGACGACUACUGAGGCAGCCCUACCUCCACCGCCGUUACCAUGACUACUGUUACCACCGCUACUGCUACGCCAAAACACAUCUCUACGUGCGUGAGGUGUGUCACUUCCUUCAUGGUCCCCAGGAUUGAUGCACUUUUGGUCACGUGAUAUCAAACUAAACCAUUCCCAACUCUGUCUGCCGAUGAAGGCCAUGAGAUGUGGCUGAAAGCUCCAACAACACAGCGAGGGGACUUUGUUUUGUGAAUUAAUGUCAAACUGUUGUUUCUAAAGUGAAAGGAUGAACCCUCAACUCAGGAUCCAGUUUCUUUGACAUCAUGUUAAAGAGCCCACUAGUUUUAUAUCUCAACAUAAUUUAGUAAGAAGACUCUUAAUUUCUGAUCUGAUUGAUUAAAAUAUGAAAUAUUGGAUCUAUUAUUGACGUCAUUCAGUGGAUUCAGAUGGUCCGGUGCAGCUGUGGGAUUCAUCAUCGUGCAUGUUUUCUGUGUUUGGGGUUAUUUAUUGAAUGAAUCAGAAUGUUUCUGAUGACUGAAGAUGUUCAUUAAACAAACUGAUGUUCAAA